UGGGUAGAAUGGGACGUUUCGUCGAACUUCCGGGUAAAACUUAAAUGUAAACAGUGGAUGCUCAGUUGGUCAGGUGAAAUGGCCAAAGUGCCAACCAUCAGUUAAAGAGGAAUCGGACAUCUUCAAUAAGUUAAACAAAUAUGGAUCACAUGCAAGGAAGAACCAGUGUUGCCAUACACAGGAAAAAUAUUUCUCAAUUACCAGCAAAGAUAACACAAGAAAUUGAAAGAAGUCUGGACCAUAAUCCAGAGACAUGCAGUUGGCGGGCCUUUCUGAAGAUUGCAUCUACUCUGAGGGAUGAUUAUGAGUUCAGUCAAGUGGAUAUUGAGAGCAAAUUUGGACGCUUUGUGUUUGGAAACGGCAGCCCUACAAACAGGCUGAUUUCCGAGCUAGGGGCUCGGGGCAUGAUAGUGGCAGAACUUGUCCAAGUGCUGGACGAACUCCGAUUAGAAAACCUUCUGAUUGAUUUGAAGCCAUAUGAGGAGAUUCAGAUCACCCGACAGCCUGCAGAGAUGAAACAUCUGGAAGAGGGAGACCAACUAGAGCUACAUGUGGAGGCAGUUGGGUUCCCGUAUCCUCGCUACCAGUGGUUCAAACUUGAUGGCAAGGAGUAUAAUGAGAUCAAUGGGGCUAAACAUCCCACCUACAGAAUCAGCAGAACAUGUUUAGGUGACAGCGGCACAUACUGUUGUCGUCUCCACAAUGGAGGGACUAAUGAUCACUGUAAGUUCUCUCAGCCUUCCACAGUCAAGGUACACUACAGACCUACAUCUACUACAGAAACACCCAAUCCCAUGAAGGAAACUGUAGACAACCAUGAGCCUAGCAAACCUGUAUUGCCCCAGGUACUUACUCAACCAGAAGAUGUGUAUGUACAUGUACAGGACAAGGUAGAACUCACGUGUGAAGGAAUCGGUCAUAAACCUCUCACAUAUGAAUGGCUGAAAAACGGCAAGUUGAUUGAUAGCAACAAGGAAUCUGGAAAAUUGACAUUUCCUGAUGUCACCAUGAAGCAUCAGGGGAUAUAUACCUGUGUGAUAAGGAACCAGUUUGGUAAAGUCCACAGCAGAGAAGUAACUGUUGAGGUGAACCAAGAGGCCAUUAUUCGGGAUUACCGUUGUGAAGGAAUCGACAUUAUACUGAACCCAAAGACAUGUAGUGUUGAAGUGGGUGGCAACUGCUUAUUUUCAGUGGAUGCGAGGUGUAAAUAUCCACUGACUUAUAAGUGGUACAAAGAUCACCAAGCCUGGGAUUGUGAGCAGAAAGACCUGCAUUUCUACAAUCUCCAGGACCAUAACUUACAGGGAACCUACCAGUGUGUUGUGACGUGCCCAAAAACUAAAGAGUCUGUCCUUUCUCAUCCGGCCUGUCUGUCUAUCAAGUGUCCCACCAACCUCAGCAGAUCAGAAUACAGAGCCACAGACAAAGUUGCCUUGUUGAUUGGAAAUUAUGACUAUAUGAAUGAAACAACUUUGAAAGCACCAAGCAAUGAUGUUGCAAAGAUGGCAGAAGCUUUCAGAAGUCUUGAAUUCAAAGUGGUGUCAUUGUUAAACUUAACAAAACAAGAAAUGAAUGCAGCGAUUCACGAGUAUUGUAAUUUGCUGGGAAAGGGUGUGUAUGGUGUUUUCUACUUUUGUGGACACGGAUUCGAGGAGAACGGACAGUGCUACUUUGUUCCCCCCGAUGCUAGGAGCGGUUACACAAUCGAGGAUUGUAUUUCUUCAAAUGAUGUCCUGCGGGCCAUGCAGAAGUCUGAUCCAGCCUUAGUAACACUCAUUUUAGAUAUCUGCAGAAUCAAAAACAAAAUUCCAAGCAAACCUCCAUCUAAUUCUGGAGGUGUCACUGGUAGAGAGAGCCCAGGAAUGCCAGACCCUAAAGGAAACUGUGUAUCCAUCUAUGCCACGAGUGAGGGAAUGUUUGCUUAUGAAGACCAUGAAAAUGGAAUUUUAGUGAAAUAUUUGCAAAAAUUCAUCUAUCAAAAUAAGCCAGUCAGCUCUUUCUUCCAUGAUGUUAUUGAUGCCUGGAGUCAAGACCCACAGCACUGUAAGCUACAGAAGCCAGAGAUCCGGUCAACUCUGAUGGACUGGAGAAGAUCAUUGUCAGAUCGAAUAUUGACCACUGGUCACACACAGGCUUUCUAUGCCCGCACACAGAUGUGGCUAAAAGCUCAUGAAACUCCGAAGCCCCAGGAAAUCAGAAUCCCAGAGCUUGGAAACUUAGUGGUGGAGCUCACGUUCCAGAUGGAAUUCUCCAAUGUUCUUCACUUAAUAGCUGCCAUCAAGAACCCUGGAAAUACAUACAAGUCUAUAGCUUUUCCCUAUGACUGGCCAAAAAGCAUAUCCAUGAUGGGAGACAUUAAGAACGUGACCCACACUCCGCUCACUCGCAGUACAUCUGAUGUCUCAAUACCAAGGGCCAUAACCAAGUCCACAUUUCAAGACCUACAGAAACUUAAGGACAACAUGGAGUUGAAAAUUGUUGUUAAAUACUGUUUGAAGGAUGGAGUGGACAAACAUUACCUGACGGACAAAAUUAACCUUGGUCUUCCACUCAUUGCUAAUCUUCACCUUUACAAUAGAGUCACUGAACCUAUUGAACACAUCGACGAAUCCUAGCCGCCAUGUUAGCUCACAGAAAGUUCUGAAUGGCCACAACCUCGAUACAAACUAAGAACAUUAAUAGGCUUCCGCUUUCAGGAAAACUGUCUUAAAAGAUGAGACUGACAUUCCUUAAUAAUGACACACAGGCAAUCAGUGAGAUGGAAAAUACAAACAUGUACACAAAGAUUUGGGCCAAGUUAGGGUAGAGAGGCCUAGUGUUCAUUUUGUAAGUUAAGAUGCUGAGUAGAAACCCAUGGUAUCAAAUAAUCCUUGCUGUUAAGGAAGAUCCAGCUAAAUUGAAAUCGGCUGUAUAUGGACAUUGCAACAAUACAGGGCAUACCAUCAAACCCAAGAACACUCAAAAUUUUAACAUCUUAGGACAAGGAAGAAGGCAUUGGCUAUUUACCAUAAAACACAGGAGACCAUCCCCAAACUGUGACAAGAGGCUAGAACUGCCAUCCCUGUGUAGCUCUCUCCUUCGGUCACAUGACACUUAUAGGUCAGUUUCACGUGACUGUGCUCAUUGACCACUCAUCAAACUGAUGAAAGAGCCGUAUAUAUACAUACAUAAGUCGAUCACUGACCAGUCAUUAAGCUUAUGAAGGUAGUGUAAUACUUUCGUAUAUAAGUAGGUCACUGACCAGUCAUUAAGCUGGUUGGUUGGUUUGGACUGGUUUAACGUCUCCUUCCACUGCGGACGCUGUGUUCAGGCGAUGUGAGUAGGUCGGUGGUCGAGUGCCUCCGGUGCCUGUGUCCCCCUUAGGUGAGACUAGUCCUAUCCGUCCUAUACGUCCACAGGGCCAGACAUCUCCCUGAGACGGACAUGGGCGCGGCUAGGUGAUCCUUCUCGGUCUGGUGUCGCACUCCAUAUGAGUCAUUAAGCUAAUGAAGGUAGUAUAAAUACAUAUAGAAGUCGACCACUGACGAGUCGUUAAGCUGUUUAAGGUAGUGUAAUUCUUUUGUAUAUAAGUAGGUCACUGAUCAUUCAUUAAGCUGAUAAUGGCGUGUGUUACAUAUGUAAAUAAGUCAGUCACUGACCAUGCAAUAAGCUGAUGAAGGUCAUGUGAUAUGUUCAAAGUAUCUGUUCUGUAUCUGUUCAGUGGAUCAAUCUAAAACAUUGUGUAGCUCAGGAAUUGUUUAAUUGUUAAUUCAAAAUUGAUAAAUGUUAAUUUGAGGCCAGUGGGAGCAAACGAACACAAAAUAUGUGAAAGGUCAUAAUGAUAUGAAAGCUUCAGUGUAGUCGCAGUUCAAAGCACCUACAUACCAGGGUAAACACUCCUAGAAUCAAUUUAAAUAUCAUAUAUGACUUGUGUAGUAGGGAUUUUCAAAUAGAGUGUUCAUGUAUGACAUAAUUUGCUGAACUUAAGACAGACUGAGCACGUUAUUAAAAUAUCAUAAAUAUUGAAAUAUUGAAUUUAAUGUUGAUGCAAAAUAAACAUGGAGAAAGAGAACAAAUGCUGUAUCCUCAUGUUUAAUGUAUUGGACCAUUGUCACAGCCAGCUAACUACAUUGACUGAAAAUGUGGCAUCAUUCAUGAGUUAUAUGACAUAUUAAAAUGUAAACACCGAGAUAUAACAGACCGGUACAUAUAUAUGUAGGUCUUCUGUAAACAUGUAAACACAGUUCUGUAAACAUGUAAACACAGCAUUAAAGAAAUGUACAUUUACAAUGAUAAGGCAUGGAACUACUAGGCCCGUGUCUAGUGCUAGUCUAGAUGUGAUAUCUAUAUGAAGAAUGUACUAAUUCAAAUGUACUAGCUAGCAUACACAAUGUAAAUGAAUUGACAAAAUGCCAUAUUCUGAAAAAAUAGUUACAACCACUGUUGUAUAAUUUAAAAUAUUCUGUUUAAUUUAUUGUCAUGUAAGGUUGACCUAUUAAAAAAAAAGAUUUUGGUCUUCUGGUUAGGUUUAAUCUGGACCCGUGUAUAUGAUAACAUUGAGUAAGUCAUAGAUAUAUAUCAAACCGUCUAUUCCAGACAAUGAAGAAUUAUAUAAAUCACCGAUUAUUCUGCCUUAUCAUUUCUGUCGAUUUAACAGACAGAACUUAUUUCCUGAAUGUAAAAUACAUGUGUAUGUGUUAUAUUAAGUAGCAAAUAUGAUUUAUUGCUGUUUUUAUGUGAAACAUAUGCCGGGAAAUUAUAUAUUUAAUAUAUAUAUCAGUGUUAGAUCAUCCGAGACGAAAUCUUUAAUGAUCUAUUGUGAUCUCAUUUUAUUGGUCAUCUUCUAUGUGUAAACAGUUUAUAUUUUCAACAAUAACAAAAAAUCUUUUGGUCAUGAAAUUAGGCAAGUAGAUAGCAUGCUUGCACGAAAUGCCACCAAUGUUUGAAAUGACCUUGACCUACUUUCAAUAUCACAGGGGUCAAUAUAUGUUAGAGUCUUUAAAUAUCUUCUUUUGAAUAACCAAAGGCCCAACAUCAUGAUAUUGGACCAAAAGCAUUUUGUGAUGAGAGUUUUGUGAGUUUGUUAAAAUGAAUGACCUUGACCUACUUUCAAUGUCACAGUUGAGAGAUUUAAAUGACUUAUUCUCAGUAAUCAAAAAAUCCUGGAGUCAUGAUAUUGAGUCAGUACCAUGCUUGCAUGAAGGUCACAGGGAUUCAAAUGUCAAAUCUUUAAAAACAUCAAUUUCUUCAAACACACACAUCAGAUCGCGGGUGACCAUUAAGGUCCAUGGACCUCUUGUUUUAUUCGAUUCUUAAUUGUUAGGUAUAUUUAUGAAACUUUUAAACUGUUGUGAACUUUCUAGUAGACUGUAGCAUCUUUCUUUUGAUAUUAUGUAGAGAUUCAAGUAGCCACGUCCUUGAUAAAGUAUUGAUUACAAUUAUACCGGUAACCACAUUGCCGGAUACCCCAGGUCGAUUACACUAUGUUACACUUAUCACCCGGUGGUAGGUAUAGCAUGGUGUAGUUCAGUCUACAAUGGAGAGCCAACGUUGUAGUAACUGUAACAUUUGUAAGAACUAACAUUGAACUGUUGAUUUAUAUUUUCCCUGUCAAAAUAUGAUAUUGUCCUAUAAAUGCAUUAUUUAUUUAACUACAGUAAGAAAUUCUUUUAUUUCAAAUGUGUUACGUUAAAAAUUGCAUGAUAUUUUAAAAUUUUAUUUUUUGCAAAAUGAUAAUUAAAGCAUUAAACUCCGUUUCUUGUUUAAUGUUUUAUCAUAUCAAAAUUUCAGUCAUAUUCUUACAGUAUGUGACCAUGUUGUUUAAUACAUGUUAAAUUUUAUGUCAUGUUAAAUAUGAAAUAGAUAUGUGAUAUAUCUAUAUUUUAAUAAAACACUGGUUCAAAUGGUA